UGAGGGGGGGGCGCGACCCUGCAGGAAAAGGUGCGGGUUGUGUAUGUGUGCGUAAAACGCGCGCGACUGUUGGCACAUGUACGCGCGAGGCAUUUGUUUGCGUGUGUUCGUGCGUGCAUGCGCGCAUGUGUGUGUGUGUGUGCGUGCGUGUGUAGCUCGUGUAGGAAAAGGCCAGAACAUGAGCGCACAUUGAGAGCGCGGCUCUUUUACGCGGCGUGAUCAUUUCACGCUUCCCCCCGAAGCCUUUUUUCCACCUAAAGCGUUUAGUUGCAGCUGAGUGAACACUUGCAGGGAGUGCAACAGGGAGCGGAAGACUCGAAUUAUUUUAACGUACAACUCGCUUCAAAAGUACUGUAGGACGAAAGACAAAAAAAGAAGAAAGGAGGAGGGAGGCAGAGGGGGAGAGAGAGAGAAAAGUUUUUGUUCUUUUCCUUUUUUUCUUCCUUCAUCCUGUUAACGGACUAACAUGGACCAAGGACCCAAGAGUCCUUCACUGCGCCUGGGAAGAGUAGGACAUGGUGGCGUAAACCAGCUCGGAGGCGUGUUUGUAAACGGCAGGCCACUCCCAGAUGUGGUACGACAGCGAAUAGUGGAGCUAGCCCACCAAGGGGUUCGGCCCUGCGACAUCUCGCGCCAACUACGAGUCAGCCAUGGAUGUGUCAGCAAGAUACUGGGCAGGUACUAUGAAACGGGCAGUAUCCGCCCUGGGGUCAUCGGGGGAUCCAAACCAAAGGUUGCUACACCCAAAGUGGUCGACAAGAUCGCCGAUUACAAACGCCAAAACCCCACCAUGUUUGCCUGGGAGAUACGGGACAGACUCCUGGCCGAGAGAGUGUGUGACAACGACAGCGUCCCCAGCGUCAGCUCCAUUAACAGGUACCUCAGACGGAAGUGUAAGGCCCCUGUGCCAUGUCAGCCAGCCUGAGCCACUUCACACUCCGCAGCUACGUCUGUGGCCGCCACACAGGUUUCAGCAGUGACCAGUGACUCGGCCGGCUCCUCCUAUUCAAUCAGUGGCAUUCUGGGUAUCAGUUCAGCUACUGACGUGGGCAAAAGGAAGAGGGAUGAAGGUUUACAGGAGUCACCGCUGUCCAACGGACACAGUCACGGUGGGCGGGACUUCCUCAGGAAGCAGAUGAGAGGGGAACUGUUUUCACCACAGCAGAUCGAGGUAUUGGACCGCCUGUUUGACAGACAGCCAUCCUGUCCAAUCCAGUCCAGCUCUGACCUCUAUGUGAGCCCUGACUCUGGCAAGACGUCAGAUUAUUCAUCCAUGGCUUCACUAGCGGGUGGAUUGGACGAGAUGAAGAACAGUUUGGCCAAUCCAGGAACAGGAGCUGAGCUGGGAGCCAGUGUUCCUGGUCCACAGUCCUACCCACUUGUUCCAGGUCGAGACCUAGCCAGCACCACUCUGCCAGGCUACCCUCCACAUGUCCCUCCUACUGGACAGGGCAGCUACUCCACCCCCUCCCUGACUGGCAUGGUACCUGGUGGAGAUUUCUCUGGAAGUCCAUACUCCCAUCCUCAGUAUUCAACAUACAACGAAUCAUGGAGAUUUCCAAACCCUAGUUUAUUAGUGUUUCAGAAGGAUUAUGGAUCUCUCCUGGGGACAGAAAUCGGCUGCUCCUCCAGUCUCUUCACCAGCCAGGGAGGACAGAUGCAAGGGUCACCUUACUAUUACAGCGCUACAUCACGGGGCACCGGUCCUACAGCCACUGCAACAGCCUCCGCCUACGACCGCCACUGACCCGGCCUGCUGCUGUCAGAAGAUGAUAACAGGAGGAAGAGGAGAUGGAUAGCACCGUCACUGCUCAGUAUAAGCCUGACUACACGUGAGGUUCAAACGUCAGUAAAGUUCAACUUUUAUUUUUUUUUGUUUUACUGAUGAUAACACCAAAAAAAAAAAUGCACGCCUUGAGUCCAACACAAACGGUAUUAUUAUUCAUAGUGUCCACAGAUGUGAUAUUGGACCAAACACAUUGUAAAGUCACUUGGGCCAUCCCAUAAUGCAUGUGUUUCUGUAAUCUGAUUGGUCACUGGACUUUGUGCAGACGUAUAUUAAACGUAUGCAUUGUGAUCUUUGGUGAAAUGUUUGUAUCAGUAUUUUGAUGGGAAUCAAUAAGUUACACACAACAAGGGAAUUUGGUUUGGCACGCCACACUAAAGAAAAGACAAUCCCAACUUUGUACUAUGUUUGAUUGAAUAAACUCACACAUUGGUAUCAUUUCUCUUUUUCUCUUGAUGGAAGAUAUAAAACAUUUUCCUCUGGAUCACAAUGCAGCUGAUAAAGGCCUCCGUAUGACCACACUGUUGAGCUCAGUCAAACCAACCUGUCAUUAAAUCAACAUACUUCAACUGAAGUUAGCCUAAAAUCAAAAUAAUGUCGCAAGAUAGAGUUGUUAAACUCGUCUAAACUUGAUCCAUCAGUCAAAAGUUUGUUUAAAAGAAUAAAACAAAUCCAUGUCUGAUAAUAGAACCUGUUACACUGGAAAUAAUAUAGUUGAUUAAUUCUAAAUUGGGGUACAGAGUACAGAGUACAGAGUACAGAGUACAGAGUAACACCUGCAGUUACAAGCAAAAUAAAUAUACAAUAUACAUUAAUGCGAUCAAUUUAAUUUUUUUUUUUAUUUCCUAAAAACUUCCCAAAUUUUAGGGACUACAUACAUGUCUCCAUUAAGCCCUUAAGAGUUUGGCAUCGUACUAUCCAAGAAAGUAAUUUGUAGCGCCCCCUAGGGGAAACCUCCAUCCAUGACUGACUGACUUCAAUUUCAAAUUUUCAGAUCCAAACCCGUUUCAGUGAAGCCAACUGUAUAUGUACAUGUCAGAACUAGAGUCAUAUUGUACAGGAAGGUGCUAUCCUAACGCGCAGGUCAGAAGCUAGUCCUGAUCAAGAGCUAUUUAUGGAGGAGACAGAGAGUAAUAUAUUAAGAAGCUUUUCUGCGCUGCAUUCAGUGAUAGGAGUGAAUGCAAUGUGAUGAUUUAACAUGUGUGUUAUGCUGUUGUGCUAGAAUAGUGAUGACGGAUAACGGCGGCAGCUGUGAGGCAGUGGAAUAUCAAAACCUUACUACGAUACCAGAAGAUUUCUUUGUUUAUAUAUGUGUUAUUAUUGCGAUCCUUUUGUUAAUAGUUUGUUGCCUAAUAUCACUUGAUGCUGGUGCCAUUUAUUAAGAGUCCAUUUUUAUCCGCUGUCUGUAUUUUCAACGUCAGUGCGAGGAAGCGGCAACAGCAGCAGCAGCACCCUCUUCUUCUCUUUCUCUAAAGUUCUAUUUUUCUCUUUAAACUCCCCAAAGAUAGCCCCCCUUAGUGGAUCGGCUAACUACAAAAGCACAAAGAGACCUAAUCAUCAUUCAUAAUCAACUCCAACUCACUUGUUAAAAAAAAAAGUAAUUUCAAUACUUUUUCUUCCUAGUAUUUCUUGAUUCUAUUAAACUACAGUUUUCCUGUAGAAAAAAAAAGAGAAAACCUGUUUUUCGUUUCUCUCCUACAUCAGUUUUGCGCUGUGACAAUGCAUGACACCAGGGUUGAGGCCUUAUCUGCUCAAUGUACAGACACAGUAGGAGAGACUUGCCCUCUAGCAAUGAUCUGAAACCAGUGCAUUAUUUCCCCCCAAAUCUCUGAGAGUCCGUCUCACUUCCUGUCCAUACAAGAGUUGUAUAGUAAUUAGAAUAUAAAGACCAGAUGUCAGUGUCUAUAGCAUUUUCAAUUUGUCAUACAGUAAAUGACAUGAGACUUUAGCAGUGGUGAUUUUUUUAUUGAAAAAAAAAAAACAGACGAGCGGUACAUGGUGUUGUUUUAGCCGUCGUCUGCAAGUGUUUCCAAAUAAUCUUUGGAUUAUGUCGGGCUCUUGUGGCUGAUCACAGCGCUUCACUGCUACUGUGCAGUUUUAAAAGGCACCAAAUCUGAAACAGGAAAUAUCCGGUACCCUACAUGAACAUAAACGUCUGAACACAGAACAAAAUUGCUACUUUUUGAGUCUUUUUUUGUUUCUGGGUUAUGAAAUAGUUUGUUAGUGGACCCUGUUAACUUUGUAGACCUUAUUAAAGUUGUGCACAUACAACGCUAAAGAAGAUUCUUACAGUAUCUCCCCUGCCGUGCUGCCAGCGUGCGUCGCUGCAGGAGCCGUUCCUUAUUUCUGUCUUUCUAACUUUUGAACAUUUUUGAGGCAUUAUUGAACCUGAACCACACCAGCUGAAAACAAGGACAGUGCCUUUAGUUUUAUAUGUACAAACAAGCCCAGCGACCAUCGGAACCUGAGUCACUAAACCGAGAUCCACCAACCAUUAACUCAACUCCUUGAACUAAACUGCCACAGGCUAACCAAAAAAAAACUUCAACAGACAAAAGUUGUCCAGUUUAAUUUCAGAGUAAGCAUUACUAAAUAAAUGUCAAUAAAAACUGCCCUAAACCCAUUCCUCUCACUAUCUUUAAAUUGUCCUCAGUUUUCCUGCUUUAGCGUCAAAGUGGUCAAAUCAGACAGCUGAUUUAAAACUAGCAAACAAAAUCAAAGAUGGUACAAAACUUCUCACCGUUCAGCACAAAUUAGUUGGUAAUGCUUUUAACUUUUGAAUAUGAAGCAAAAGUGAGUUUGUGCCACAAGCAAAACAAGACCAAACAGUGAGUGGCACAGGUAGAGGAAGCAGUACAAAUACGUCCAAGACACUCGUGAAUUACUUCCCCAAGUUCAGAUAUCCAAUUAGUCAAUGUGUCAGAAAAACACAGGCCUAGAGUGAAAUACAGGACUGGACUCUGAGGUUCAUGCCAAGAAAACCUCCACUCCCACAGUCAACAGUGACGUUCAAAUACCCACAAAACCAACCAUAGUCUCUGAUCUGAUAUGUAUCAACAGAUACUUCAAGUUGAAGUAUUGAUAUCCGACAUGAAAAGGUUCAAUCAAGUGAUCUUUCUGAGACCACCCUCACCAUUUUCUGGCCCUAGAAGAACACAGAUUGUGUUCUGCCCCGUCUCGGGGUAUGAUAAGCAACUUGAGGUUAAGUGUCACAUCAGGAAAAAGUCACGGCCCAAACGCCAACCUGCUAGUGGUGAGGUGACCCCCCCCCCGCCCCCCGUCAUUUAAAGAGCCAGUCCCCCCCAUAGCCAUGACUGCUGGUUUAGCCUCAGCCGUCCAGAGAAACACUGACAGGAUUCAUUGUUAACUAUGCAUCUGAUAGUGACACAGCUGGAUUUGCCAUUGCUCUGACCUGAAGCGUUUCACACGGGGAUGAAGAAUGUGUUUUCACUGAGUCGCCGUGGCGUUGACUGGCAGCUGUGACAUUGACUGUCAUUGUGGGUGGUACAGUAGGAAACAUGGCAGGCAGAGGACACGCAGACAAAACAGGGAAAUGUAAGUACAGACUCCCUCUCUUCCUCCCUUUGUCCUUUGCGGAGCGGUGAUCCCCCCCCCCCAGUCCCCCACCCUGUGUUCCCCAGGGGAGUCCAAACCUGCUGUGCCAUCAGAAGCUCAUCCCAGCUUUUCUCUCCCUCCUCCCUCAGCCCUAAUCUCAUCAUAUCUGCCAUCGUCUUGCCGCUGAAGCCUCCCCUCCUGUAGCACUGCCACACCACCAGGAUUAAGAAUAUUAAAACUAUUCUGUAGAGUUCAGGCCGGUGACCUUUUCUUCAAAGUCCUCCAUCUUCCCCUCCUGUGUUUUCUCCCUCUGCUGUUUGCUAGAAAUUGUGCACCCGAAUGAGAGUUGGAGUCCUGUGCCGAAGCCAGGUCAUUUCAGCUGCAAUGUUUUUGUCGAUAUCUUUUCAAACUAGAAUAUUCCUGAAGGUUAGUUUCCUAUACUGCGUCCAUAGAGUUUAAACAGAGGAACGUGUUUUAUUUCUAGAACCACAGCUCUUUUAUUAUCUGUGAAAAUACACUCCCAUCCUGAAAUUUUGAACCCAGUGAAGUCAAAGAAGAAGCUCAAAUCAAUGCAAAUUAGGUUUUUUUUCCCCCCGCUUUACUAUGAUUUCUCACGGUGUGCGCUCCGCCCGACUGUAUCUCAAUAUGAAUCCAUGAGGACGGCUGCAGCCUCUGUAAAACCUGAGGGGAUUUCAGCAUCACAUCUUGACAGCAAUUAGUGGCACAAUCUGUUUCAUGCUUGCUAAUAUAACUAGGCUCUGGACAGAUCUCAUACUCAAGUGUUACAAUGUUCUGUACAUCUUAAUGUUAUUCAACUGUGGAAGAGGAGAAAUUCAAAUGACUCAGCCUAAAAAAAAAAAAUCAAAAAAAAAAAAAAAUCAACUGUGCUUUUUGAGCAGGUGUUUCAACGAAAAUAAAGACAAAAAUAUACAUGAUUUUCACCUUACUGUGGCCUUUCGUGUAACAAUCUGGAAUUUUUUGUGUCCAUGGCUUCUUAUCUGGGGUGUUAAAGAGAUAUUUUAUAUCCGUGGUCUUUUGGAGAAAAUAUUUUAAACAAUUUCAGAAAUUACAAAAAAAAGAUAUAAGAUAAAAUACAGAGACGGAAGCAAACGUGAAAUUAGGAUUCGGCGACUUCUCUCCUUCGAUUCAAAA